UUACGCAUGGCUGGCUGUUUCAUUUGAUCCACCUCGCUGGGCUUCUAAUUCCUGAUGCGAUUCAGCUGGCAACAUUAAGAGCCGAGCAGAUGAUUGGCUGAGCUGCCACUCGGCCAGUCCAGAGGGGCGGGUCUCUGUGCCCCCGCGCGGUGCUCCAGCCACCAGAGCGGAGUGGAGAGGAGCGGAGAGGAGAGGAACAGCUGGCCUCAGCCUCCGCCUCCGCCCCCGCCUGUCACUGACCUGUCUCUCCCAUGCUCUCUCCUGGAGGAAGCUAGCUGCGUGCUGUUUUCCCAGACAGUGAUGCUAACUGACGGACUUUUUGGACUUCCUGUUACUACGGUAACGGAGACUUGCCCUCCGCGUGUUGUCUGAGCACAAGCUGGACCGCGAGCGCUGCUCGAGGUGCUGAAAGCUUCGCGAGCCGCGAGGAGAGGAGACAAGGAGAGGAGAGAUGAGGAGACAGCGGCUGUGUGUGGCGGGCUUUUUACUUGCCUGGAAACUAGUCCACUUUCUCAGUGUGGGUCAGUGUAAGGAGGUGGACAAUGCUGCGAGGACACGGCAGGUCCCAAUGUCCCCCUCUGAUUUCCUGGACAAACUGAUGGGGAGGACAUCUGGAUACGAUGCCAGGAUAAGACCCAACUUCAAAGGUCCUCCGGUCAACGUUUCCUGUAACAUCUUCAUCAACAGCUUUGGCUCCAUUGCUGAAACCACCAUGGACUACCGGGUAAAUAUCUUCCUCCGUCAGCAGUGGAAUGACCCCAGGCUCGCCUAUGCAGAAUACCCAGAUGACUCUCUGGAUCUGGACCCCUCUAUGUUAGACUCCAUUUGGAAACCAGACCUGUUCUUUGCCAAUGAGAAGGGGGCCCAUUUUCACGAAGUCACUACAGAUAACAAACUGCUGAGGAUAUUUAAGAACGGGAAUGUUUUGUACUCUAUAAGGCUAACAUUAACACUGUCAUGCCCCAUGGAUCUAAAAAACUUCCCUAUGGAUGUUCAGACCUGUAUCAUGCAGCUGGAGAGCUUUGGUUACACCAUGAACGACCUGAUCUUUGAGUGGCAGGAAAAUGGACCAGUCCAAGUGGCCGAAGGCCUCACGCUCCCGCAGUUCAUCCUCAAAGAUGAAUCAGACCUCAGAUACUGCACCAAGCACUACAACACAGGUAAAUUUACCUGUAUUGAAGUGCGCUUCCACCUGGAGCGGCAGAUGGGCUACUACCUGAUCCAGAUGUACAUUCCGUCUCUGCUCAUCGUCAUCCUGUCCUGGGUCUCCUUCUGGAUCAACAUGGAUGCUGCCCCGGCCAGAGUGGCACUGGGCAUCACCACGGUCCUCACCAUGACAACACAGAGCUCAGGCUCCAGGACUUCACUACCAAAGGUCUGUCUUUGUCUAUUUCAUUAUUGAUGUGUAACUCUAAGGUGUCCCACUCAUGCAGAUGUGGAUGUGAGUAAAUAUUGAACCUGUGAUGGUCUGGCGAACUGCUUCCUCCCCCAGCGUGUUCAGGGAUGCGCUCCAGCCUUGUGCUCAGGAGAUCCACUCUAGUCUGCUAUCUCCGCUCUGUGACAAAACCAUCAAGGCUCAGAGUUCAGACAAAAAGAGGUAGAACAAACAAGUGGUUGGAGGUGAAGAUCCUUUUUACACAAAUAAAUAAUGAAGUGUGAUCACGUGAGUAUGAGUAAGUGCCGGAAGGAACAUGGAGUAAGAGGGUGCUGCAUGCUGAAAGAAGAGAGACCACAAGGCGAACA